CACAACUUGUUUUCGUUUGUUGUUGUUUCUGUUCCUUAAACUCUGAAUCAAAAAAAUGGUGGCUUUGGUUUCUCAAGAAAAUGUUGUGGCAUUGGUUUCUCGUACGGGCAGGGAGUUGCAGCGUUACAGAAAGGGUCGUCGUCAAGUUGUGGGGUGCAUACCAUAUAGAUUUAAGAUUGGGGAGAAAACUUCCAUGGAGAUUUCAGACGAAUUGGAAGUCUUGGUUAUUAGUUCUCAGAAAGGCAAAGGGAUGCUAUUUCCAAAGGGAGGCUGGGAAUUAGAUGAAUCCAAAAAGGAGGCAGCUUUGAGAGAGACCAUAGAAGAAGCUGGGGUGAGAGGCAUUGUUGGGGGUAAAUUGGGUAAAUGGAGUUUCAAGAGUAAGACUCAUGAUACUUUCUAUGAAGGGUACAUGUUCCCUCUACUUGUUCAAGAGCAAUUGGAGUUCUGGCCAGAGCAAAACGUUCGUGAAAGAAUAUGGAUGAGCGUCACUGAAGCAAGGGAUGUUUGUCAACACUGGUGGAUGAAAGAGGCUCUGGACAGACUAGUAAGCCGUCUCAUGGGUCAAAAACUUGGUCGUGAGAAGCAAGUUCUAGGUUCUAUAAAUUGCAUAGGAGAUGCCAAAUCUGACUUGUAAAUAGUAACAUCUUGGAGGGUAGAGCUCAACUUUUUUGAGUUUCUCGAACGGCAUCAACUUAAGAGGAUUAGGAUCCAAAGAAUUGAGCCAAAUGAUAUAGUAUAUAAAUAAUAGAUAGUAGAUCACAUAGAAGUUGGUGAUUCCCCCAAUUUUUUUUCCUAGGAAAUGGAAUUUAUAUCUAAUUGU